AGUGCGCACUGGCGGCGGUGGCUGCGUAGCGGACAGCUGGCGCCGCGCGGUCCUGCUCUGCCGGUCGCACGGACGCACAGGCGGCCCGCCGGCCGGAGGGACGGGGCGGGAGCUGGGCCCGCGGACAGCGAGCCGGAGCGGGAGCUGCGCGUAGCGAGCCGGGCUCCGGCGCUCGCCAGUCUCCCGAGCGGCGCCCGCCUCCCGCCGGUGCCCGCGCCGGGCCGUGGGGGGGGCAGCAUGCCUGCGCGCGCUGCCUGAGGACGCUGCGGCCCCCGCCCCCGUCAUGGGCGCCCGUGCCUGCGCCCUCGCGCUCUGCGUGGCCGUGGCCAUCGUGGCCGGCGCCUCCUCGGAGUCCUUGGGGACGGAGCAGCGCGUCGUGGGGCGAGCGGCAGAAGUCCCGGGCCCAGAGCCCGGCCAGCAUGAGCAGUUGGUCUUCGGCAGCGGGGACGCUGUGGAGCUGAGCUGUCCCCCGCCCGGGGGUGGUCCCAUGGGGCCCACUGUCUGGGUCAAGGAUGGCACAGGGCUGGUGCCCUCGGAGCGGGUCCUGGUGGGACCCCAGCGGCUGCAGGUGCUGAAUGCCUCCCACGAGGACUCCGGGGCCUACAGCUGCCGGCAGCGGCUCACGCAGCGCGUCCUGUGCCACUUCAGUGUGCGGGUGACAGAUGCUCCAUCCUCGGGAGAUGACGAAGAUGGGGAGGAUGAGGCUGAGGACACAGGUGUGGACACAGGGGCCCCUUACUGGACUCGGCCCGAGCGCAUGGACAAGAAGCUGCUGGCCGUGCCGGCCGCCAACACCGUCCGCUUCCGCUGCCCGGCCGCCGGCAACCCCACCCCCUCCAUCUCCUGGCUGAAGAAUGGCAAGGAGUUCCGCGGGGAGCACCGCAUCGGAGGCAUCAAGCUGCGGCACCAGCAGUGGAGCCUGGUCAUGGAAAGCGUGGUGCCCUCGGACCGUGGCAACUACACCUGCGUAGUGGAGAACAAGUUUGGCAGCAUCCGGCAGACAUACACGCUGGACGUGCUGGAGCGCUCCCCGCACCGGCCCAUCCUGCAGGCGGGGCUGCCGGCCAACCAGACGGCGGUGCUGGGCAGCGAUGUGGAGUUCCACUGCAAGGUGUACAGUGACGCACAGCCCCACAUCCAGUGGCUGAAGCACGUGGAGGUGAACGGCAGCAAGGUGGGCCCUGAUGGCACACCCUACGUUACCGUACUCAAGUCCUGGAUCAGUGAGAGUGUGGAGGCCGACGUGCGCCUCCGCCUGGCCAAUGUGUCGGAGCGGGACGGGGGCGAGUACCUCUGUCGAGCCACCAAUUUCAUAGGCGUGGCCGAGAAGGCCUUUUGGCUGAGCGUUCACGGGCCCCAAGCAGCUGAGGAGGAGCUGGUGGAGUCUGACGAGGCGGGCAGUGUGUAUGCAGGCAUUCUCAGCUAUGGGGCGGGCUUCUUCCUGUUCAUCCUGGUGGUGGCGGCUGUGACGCUCUGCCGCCUGCGCAGCCCCCCCAAGAAAGGCCUGGGCUCCCCCACCGUGCACAAGAUCUCCCGCUUCCCGCUCAAGCGACAGGUGUCCCUGGAGUCCAACGCGUCCAUGAGCUCCAACACACCGCUGGUGCGCAUUGCAAGGCUGUCCUCAGGGGAGGGCCCCACGCUGGCCAAUGUCUCCGAGCUCGAGCUGCCUGCCGACCCCAAAUGGGAGCUGUCUCGGGCCCGGCUGACCCUGGGCAAGCCCCUUGGGGAGGGCUGCUUCGGCCAGGUGGUCAUGGCGGAGGCCAUUGGCAUUGACAAGGACCGGGCCGCCAGGCCUGUCACCGUAGCCGUGAAGAUGCUGAAAGACGAUGCCACGGACAAGGAUCUCUCAGACCUGGUGUCUGAGAUGGAGAUGAUGAAGAUGAUUGGGAAACAUAAGAACAUCAUCAACCUGCUGGGCGCUUGCACGCAGGGCGGGCCCCUGUACGUGCUGGUGGAGUACGCGGCCAAGGGCAACCUGCGGGAGUUCCUGCGGGCACGACGGCCCCCGGGCCUGGACUACUCCUUCGACACCUGCAAACCGCCCGAGGAGCAGCUCACCUUCAAGGACCUGGUGUCCUGUGCCUACCAGGUGGCCCGGGGCAUGGAGUACUUGGCCUCCCAGAAGUGCAUCCACAGGGACCUGGCCGCCCGCAAUGUGCUGGUGACUGAGGACAACGUGAUGAAGAUCGCAGAUUUUGGGCUGGCCCGGGACGUGCACAACCUCGACUACUACAAGAAGACAACCAACGGCCGGCUGCCCGUGAAGUGGAUGGCGCCUGAGGCCUUGUUUGACCGAGUCUACACUCACCAGAGUGACGUUUGGUCCUUUGGGGUCCUGCUCUGGGAGAUCUUCACGCUGGGGGGCUCCCCGUACCCCGGCAUCCCUGUGGAGGAGCUCUUCAAGCUGCUGAAGGAGGGCCACCGCAUGGACAAGCCCGCCAACUGCACACACGACCUGUAUAUGAUCAUGCGGGAGUGCUGGCAUGCUGCGCCCUCCCAGAGGCCCACCUUCAAGCAGCUGGUGGAGGACCUGGACCGUGUCCUUACUGUGACGUCCACUGAUGAGUACCUGGACCUGUCGGCGCCUUUCGAGCAGUACUCGCCUGGUGGCCAGGACACCCCCAGCUCCAGCUCCUCAGGGGAUGACUCUGUGUUUGCCCACGACCUGCUGCCCCCGGCCCCACCCAGCAGUGGGGGCUCGCGGACGUGAAGGGCCACUGGUCCCCAACAAUGUGAGGGGGUCCCUAGCAGCCCACCCUGCUGCUGGUGCACAGCCACUCCCCAGCAUGAGACUCAGUGCAGAUGGAGAGACAGCUACACAGAGCUUCGGUGUGUGUGUGUGUGUGUGUGCGUGUGUGCGUGUGCGCGCGCGUGCAUGCACAUCUGUGUGUGCCUGUGUGUGUGCGCAUCUCGUGGCCUCCAGGUGCAGAGGUACCCUGGGUGUCCCCACUGCUGUGCAACGGCCUCCUGACUGGUGCUGCAGCACCGAGGGGCCUUUGUUCUUGGGGGACCCAGUGCAGAAUGUAAGUGGGCCCACCCAGUGGGACCCCUGUGGGGCAGGGAGCUGGGCCCAACAUGGCUCCGGCCUCUGCCUUUGCACCACGGGACAUCACAGGGUGAGCCUCGGCCCCUCCCACACCCAAAGCUGAGCCUGCAGGGAAGCCCCACAUGUCCAGCACCUUGUGCCUGGGGUGUUAGUGGCACCGCCUCCCCACUUCCAGGCUUUCCCAGUUCCCACCCUGCCCCUCAGAGACUGAAAUUACGGGUACCUGAAGAUGGGAGCCUUUACCUUUUAUCCAAAAGGUUUAUUCCAGAAACUAGUGUACAUUUCUAUAAAUAGAUGCUGUGUAUAUGGUAUAUAUACAUACAUAUAUAUAAAAUAUAUGGAAGAGGAAAAGGCUGGUACAACGCAGGCCUGCGACCCUGGGGGCACAGGAGGCAGGUGUGGCCCUGGGCGGUGGGGGCGGGGGGGGAGGGAGGCCCCAGGGGGUCUCACCCAUGCGAGCAGAGGAGCAGGGCCUUUCCUGGCACCGCGGUUUUGUUUUAAAACUGGACCUGUAUAUUUGUAAAGCUAUUUAUGGGCCCCUGGCACCCUUGUUCCCACACCCCAACGCUUCUAGCAUUUAGGCAGCCACAUGGCGGAGAGUUUUAAUUUUUAACUUAUUAACAGCCGAGAAGGUUUAUCCGCCUAUAGAGGGACGGCCAAGAAUGUACGUCCGGCCUGCCCUGGAGCUGGAGGAUCGCCUCGAAGCCUAAAAGGUUGUUAAUAGUUGGAGGUGAUUCCAGUGAGGAUAUUUUAUUUCCUUUGUCCUUUUUCAGGAGAAUGAGACUUCUAUAGGAUUUUUCUUUAGGAGAUUUAUUUUUUGGACUUCAAAGCAAGCUGGUAUUUUCAAAUUCUUCUAAUUGCUGUGUGUCCCAGGCAGGGAGACGGUUUCCAGGGAGGCGCCGGCCCUGCGUGCAGGUUCAGAUGUUAUUAGAUGUUACAAGUUUAUAUAUAUCUAUAUAUAUAAUUUAUUGAGUUUUUACAAGAUGUAUUUGCUGUAGACUUAACACUUCUUACGCAAUGCUUCUAGAGUUUUAUAGCCUGGACUGCUACCUUUCAAGGCUUGGAGGGAAGCCGUGAAUUCAGUUGGUUUGUUCUGUACUGUUACUGGGCCCUGAGUCUGGGUGGCUGUCCCUUGCUUGCCUGCAGGGCCAUGGCUCAGGGUGGUCUCUUCUUGGGGCCCAGUGCAUGGUGGCCAGAGGUGUCACCCAAACCGGCAGGUGCGAUUUUGUUAACCCAGCGACGAACUUUCCAAAAAAUAAAGACACCUGGUUCCUAACCUGG